GAGGCGCGGCACCGGCCUGGGGCACCGCGAGGCGCAGGGACCGGGACGAGGGACGUGGCAGCGUCCCGCGCACCAGAAAGUUCCCUGGAAGUUCCACGCUGCGCGGCGCGGGAGCGGCGGGCGGGACCAUGAACGUGUUCCGAAUCCUUGGAGACCUAAGCCACCUCCUGGCCAUGAUCUUGCUCCUGGUGAAGAUCUGGAGGUCUAAGAGCUGCGCGGGCAUCUCUGGGAAGAGCCAGAUCCUUUUCGCUCUGGUCUUCACCACCAGGUACCUGGACCUUUUCUCCAAUUUCAUCUCCAUCUACAACACAGUUAUGAAGGUUGUUUUCCUCCUCUGUGCCUAUGUCACAGUGUACAUGAUCUAUUGGAAGUUCCGGAAAACAUUUGACAUUGAAAAUGACACAUUCCGACUGGAGUUCCUCCUGGUGCCAGUGAUCGGCCUUUCCUUUCUGGUGAACUAUACUUAUAUGCCAAUGGAGAUCCUCUGGACCUUCUCCAUCUAUCUGGAGUCAGUGGCCAUCCUGCCACAGCUCUUCAUGAUCAGCAAGACUGGAGAGGCUGAGACCAUCACCACUCAUUACCUCUUCUUCCUGGGGUUAUAUCGGGCACUCUAUCUGGCCAACUGGAUCAGGCGGUACCAGACAGAGAACUUCUAUGACCAGAUCUCAGUGGUGUCUGGAGUAGUACAAACCAUCUUUUAUUGUGACUUCUUCUACUUGUACGUGACCAAAGUCCUUAAAGGAAAGAAAUUAAGCCUACCAAUGCCAGUCUGAAGAGCCAUGUGG